AUGGAGGAGGCCCCUCUCCUCCUCUCCUCCUCCUCCUGCCCCCCUCUCCUCCUCUCCUCCCUCUCCUCCCUCUCCUCCUCUCCUCCUCCUCUCCUCCCUCUCCCCCCUCUCCUCCCUCUCUCCCUCUCCCCCCUCUCCUCCCUCUCUCCCUCUCCCCCCUCUCCUCCCCUCUCUCCCUCUCUCCUCCCUCUCCUCCCUCUCUCCCUCUCCCCCCUCUCCUCCCUCUCUCCCUCUCUCCCCCUCUCCCUCUCCUCCCUCUACCCCUCCUCCUCUCCUCCCUCUCCUUCUCUCCUCCUCUCCUCCUCUCCCCCUCCUCUCCCCCCUCCUCCUCUCCUCCCUCUCCUCCUCUCCUCCCUCUCCUCCUCUCCUCCUCCUCUCCUCCCUCUCACCCCUCUCCUCCCUCUCUCCCUCUCCCCCCUCUCCUCCCUCUCUCCCUCUCCCCCCUCUCCUCCCUCUCUCCUCCCUCUCCUCCCUCUCUCCCUCUCUCCCUCUCCCCCCUCUCCUCCCUCUCUCCCUCUCUCCCCCUCUCCCUCUCCUCCCUCUACCCCUCCUCCUCUCCUCCCUCUCCUCCUCUCCUCCCUCUCCCCCUCCUCUCCCCCCUCCUCCUCUCCUCCCUCUCCUCCUCUCCUCCCUCUCCCCCCUCCUCCUCUCCUCCUCUCAGGCACACACUACCUGCGGAGUGUGAACAACAGCCUGCAGCCCUGGGCGUCGUCAGAGCAGAGGAGGUCCCUGGGGCUCCUAGGGGCCAACCCGACAGAGGAGGGCCUGGCCUCGCUGCACAGUGUCCUGCUGAGGAAGCAGCCGUUCCUCUGGAGGGCCUCCCUGCUCUACUACACUGUUCUCCAGGCCCAGAGCAUGGGCUUCUGCAGCCUCUUCCAUCAUCUGCAGCGCUACGUCACUAACCCACAUGUACGCUGGGAGUACUGCCUCCGAGCCAAGAGGGGGCAGACCGACACCUCCAGGCCAGGCUGCUUCAGUAAAGAUCAGGUUUAUCUGGACGGAGUUCUGAAGAUUCUGAGACAUCGAAGAACCAUCGACUUCCAACUCCUCACUGCCCUGGGAAAGUCAGUAACAUUUGAGAAGUACUGGUGGAGGUUCUGCUUGGGUGCUUUUCUGUGA